AUGUCGGCCCAACGUCGAGGAGAAGAUCCAUUAAAUAUCGAUAUAGGCACCAAUGCCGAUCUUCCACCUCUCGCUGCGCUAUUCAUGAUAUAUUUUGAUAUCAAGGCUGGUUAUACAAUUGGAUGGAAACGUUCAUUAUCAGGCAUUGAAUUAGAUGGAGUGGUCGAAUAUAGGAGUCUGCCAUCGGGUUUACAUACUGUGGAGGAGGAUCUGAUAUACUUCACCCACGAUAAUUAUGCAGGACUCAGCGCAUUUGUCAACGCGCCGGCGGAUGAAGAUUCGAGGAAUGCGAGGAUGAUUGCUGUGGGUAUUAUGGUACCUUUGAGCUACGGAAGACUGGGUAGAAGUUGGAAGCAUGCGGAGAGCUUGAAGGAUAUCGCAAGUGCGCUUAUACUCGACGAGAGCAAAACUGAACGGCUCGAGGAAUUCUGGGAGAGCCAUAAAGGCGAGGACUUAGGGAAGAUAUAUGCCAUAUCCGUACUCUCAAAUAUCCCUCUUGCAGUCAACGACCUCUUAGAGCCUACCGCUCCACCACAAAGACUCCGACCCCUCUUUUCAAUUGGCGUCCACGAUAUUCCCCUCCUUGAGGAUGACCUCAAAGCCUUAAAAAGAAGAGUCACCUCUGAAGAUACUGUUCCGACCGACGGGUACGACGAGCCUGGCUGCGGCUGGAUAGCCUGCACAACUGAUAGUAUCCUCGCCACGAAAACCCAUCUUUACGAUGUCCUCAUAACCAUGCCACCACCCCACGCAUCAGCCUCCACCGCAAAAGUAUGGCCGAAGGUCGAAAGUUCUCCCGGCGGCGUUGAACUUAAAGCUACUCAACGCGAUCUUCGCCGCUACAAAGCUCUCAAAUGGGGACUCUCCCGGACCCCUCACCCGGCCUCUCCAAACAUAAGCACUUCCCGCCGCGCAUCCACCUCCUCCUACCUCGAGCAAUUCCCUUCCCCAAUAGACCUCAACUCACCCACCACCACUCUCCCCCCACGAGACGAUCCUAUGCUCGAUAUCCCUGACACAGACUUAAUCAUCGAACCUAUAUCUUGGGCCGCACUUGCCUACUCAGGAUUUAUUUGGUGGGCCUCAGCCGGCGAACAACGUUUACAUUCACAAGAAGAAUGGGAAGCUGACUCUACACUCUUAUCAUCUCCCCAUACGCCAAAUCCGUUCUUUACACCCCUUCCCAUUAAUCAAGCUGGUACCCUGAAUGCGGAAACCGAAAUGGGUAUCAUUGCUUAUUUCCACCGUCUCACAUCACAAAUCCUCACUACACUCAGCGAUAUAAUCGAUGCAUCUGAUUCAGACGACGAACGCGAAGACGAUCAUAACCAUUCUCACCACUCUUCAUCCCCACUACUCCAUAGAGGAAAUAGCCUUAGUAAUAGUAGUAAUAGAGGAGGAGACGCAACAAAUGAAGACGAAGAAGACGACGGGAUGGGUUGUGUAUACAUCAGUAGCACAGAUAUGGAACGCAUGGGGCUCGACAUUUGGAGCGCGGGAGAUUAUGUCUUUGUAGAGGAAAUCGUCAGGGAGUAUUUUGGGAGAAGAGCCAAGAUUGAGGGAAGGGGUGUGGAUAUUUGUGGAGUGAGGAUUUGCUAG